AAAAAAUCAUGAUUCUAGUUUUGUCUUCAUCUUCACGACGACGAUCCAACAGUUUCUUCUGCACGCUUGGACUCUGCAUCCACAGUUGGAUUGAGGAACAUCUUCAGUUGGUUAUUGAACUCCAUCGCGAGCAGGUCGAAAGAUGAUUCGCGCACUUGUGUUUGCCUUACUGAUUGUACUUGCUGCGGGAUCUCCCGUAUCGAGGGAUGCUGUGGAAUCAUCAUCCCCAUCGACGGGAUCUGUGAUGCCGCAGAAACCUGAGGCCGUGGAGAAUCCAUCGAUGGAGAUCCCGAAACCAAUGGAGGAGCCCCAGAAGCCCGAAGAUGAAAAGCCCCAAGAAGAAAUGGAACCAAGUGAAUUAUCUCCACCACCUUUACCUCAGCUGCCGCAACUACCUCAGAGACCCACAUUAAAUGAAAGACGCCGCGUGGUAUUUUAUGAUCAACGCCAAUCUGGGAAGUACAACAUCCGUGCGGAUUUGGAUAAUUUUAUGAUUCUCGUGAUCCCCUCAUCACCCAGCACAUCCAGCUCACUCUUGGACUUCCUCACACAGGGUACAAUGAGGAGGAGCCAAUUGAAGCACCCAUCCAAGAAGAAGGGUACAAAAAUUCACAAACUCAACGUUGUGAAAAAUGAUGCAGCUGAGAGUGAUCAUGCAGUGGAAAUUUCCGGGGAUAGACCAAAAAUUUCGCAGAUUCACACAAUUCCCCAGCAUCCAGCAGUUGAUCACUUCAUCGAGGGUAGGACACCGUACAAAGUGGACAUCUCCAGUACAGCACGGACAGAUCCCGAAGCACGAAUUGACUUACUUCCCGCCAAGACACCUGUGCUGAGGAUCAUACGACCAGAGGAAUCACGAUCAGGUAAUUCUUAUCGCCCCUGGGCAUUCCCUGGUGCUACAUCAUCAUCCAUCACCUUCCGCAACGCCAAAUCCCUGCCCACAUCCGCCACAGAUCAGCUCAACAUUGCAACCAAUUCCGUUGCUACGAGCUUAUUUCCCACACUCGCCACCGGAUCCCAUUUCCCGUCCGAUUCUGACCAAGAUGAGGAUCUUGAUACGAGAAAUUCCUUUGACAGUCUAAACGUGGGCAAUGUGGAUGCCUUUGGGGUGCCAGAGAAGCAGUACAAUGAAGACUGGGAGUGGAAAUUGCUGGGAGCAGAGGAACAAUGUGGCCCGGAUCGGAAGCGAGAUAGCUAUGGAAUUUGUCAAUUUGUACCCACAUAAUUUCAGCAUCGCAUCAACAUUUAUCUGUGUGUAAUCGAUAAGACUAAAUAAAUUUAAAGUUUUCAAUUUUU